UGGGCCACAAGUUCCGCUGGGCAAAGUGGGGCUUCUUCCAAGCCGACGGCGGGCACAGGCUCCGUCCAGCCGUGGGCGGGUCUCCACUCCUAGGCUCUUCUUGCUGGGCCCUUUGAACAGUCCGAAGAGGCUCUUGAAGGGCCCUUCUCUGACGUCUUGCCUGCCUGCCUGCCUGCCUUGCAGUCCCCUUCUUCAUGCCAUGUGCACUUGUUGUGGGUUCUGAGUUUGAGUCAUUGACUUGUCCCCUUAGCUAAGCAGGGUCUGCCCUGGUGGGAUAUGAAUGGGAGACUAGGAGUGUGAGCCCUGGAAGAGAUUCCCCUCCGGGGAUGAUGGGGCCGCUCUGGGAAGAGCAGAAGGCUCCAAGUCCCAUGUUCCGUCCCCCCCGCAGCAUCUCCAAAAGAGGGCUGAGAGAGAAGCCGCUGCCAGUCUGUGUAGACAAUACUGAGCCAGAUGGACCUGUGGUCUGACUUGGCAGACCUUCCUGGUGAAUCCUCACUUCUGCAUCAGCCCUUGCAGCACUAGGCGGGGGCAAGGCUUGCAGAAGAGUGUGGGGUGGGGUGUGUGCUCUGUGGGGUGGCAGGGUUGCUUUGACGGGUAGGGAAGGAUGCUCAGAGGUGUUCCCUCUUCUGGUUACUCAGACCCCACAAUGUGGACGGCUGAUGAGGUGGCUGCGCUGUGUUAUAGCCAUUACGACACUUGGCUUCCUAAGCAAGGAAAACCGGCUUCUGGUCGCGAGUGGACUCUACUGGCAGCUGUGCUGAAAGUGGAGAGAGAGGCCCCGUGUGGGGAAGGCUGCCGGCAAGUUAAAGAAGUCGUUGCCAUGGGGACGGGAACAAAGUGCAUUGGAGAAUCCGAAAUGAGGAAGACUGGAGAUGCUCUCAACGACAGCCACGCGGAAGUGCUGGCCAAGAGGAGCUUCCAGAGGUACCUCCUUCAUCAGCUGCAGCUGGCAGCUGCCCAAGAGGAGCCCAGCAUUUUCUGCCCAGGAACUGAGAACGGGAAGUGGAUCCUCAAGCCACACGUCAGCUUUGUUUUCUUCUCCAGCCACACCCCCUGUGGAGAUGCCUCCAUUAUCCCAGUAACAGAAGUGGAGGCCCAGCCUUGUCAGCCACUGAGCCCCAUGGAGGCACCCAGGGACACUGGCAGCUGCUGGCUGCAGGGGGCCAAACGGGGAGCUGCAGAGACAGCCGCUGCCCCCUGGCCCAAGAGAAGGAAAGUGGGUGGUGCUGAGCUCCCAGGAGCCCAAGGGGUGGACGUCCAUCGGACUGGGGCCAAGUGUGCCCCGGGAGAGGCAAGCGACCCCCUGCAGCCAGGCUGUGCGUACCACACUGUGGGCCUUCUGCGGACCAAGCCAGGCCGUGGGGCCCGGACGGCCUCCAUGUCUUGCAGUGACAAGCUGGCGCGCUGGAAUGUGCUGGGCUGUCAGGGGGCCCUCCUGAUGCACUUCCUGGAGCGGCCCGUCUACCUGGUGGCUGUGGUGGUGGGCCACUGUCCCUACAGCCAGGAGGCCAUGCAGCGGGCCCUUGUAGCAAGGUGCCGGCACGUUCUGCGUUUACCAGACGGUUUCCGGGUCCAGGAGAUAAAAAUCCUGCAGUCUCAGCUGUGUUUUAGGCACAGCCGCCACACCGUGGAGACCAGCUGUGCUCUGAGCCAAGGGAAAGUUGGGCCGUGUGGUGCAGCAAUUGGGUGGAGUGCGGUUCCGGAGCACCCGCUUGAUGUCACGGCACACGGAUUCAGGCAAGGGACCACCCAGAGAGCACUUGGGAGCCCGAAGUCCAGGUCUCGGCUCUGCAAGGUGGAGCUCUUCCAUGCGUUCCUGAAACUAGUGGCCAGGAUUCCCCAGGAGAAUUUGCCAGCGACUCUCAGGUAUGAUGUUAUUGCUGCUAUUGAGUGAGGAGGCGCAAUGGUUGAAGCAGAAGCGUCAGGUGAAGGGUCCAGCCUGCCUCAGAGCACAGAAACUGCAGCAAGCACAACUCUAAGAGCAAGCAGGCGUGGUCUGAGCAGGACCAUUUGGGAGUUACUCUGCUAGUCCAGACUAGGCUUUCCUGGAGCAGUAACUGAAUUUUGCUCUCUGUUGGGGUCCCUUUUUACUCUGUUUCAGAGAAUACUGUAAUUGUUACAGUACAAUAUAGAGUUCAAACUGCCUUAAACAUCAUGGGCAGUUUAUCUGUUGGACCCUGGUUAGGGGGGCCUUUAUGGCCACCGUCCUACUCUCUGCUCAGUGCAAGAGAUUCAAAACUAGAGCAUCCCCAGUGGAUCCAGCCUCUACUUAGAGAACUCUAGUCCGGGAGAGCCUACCCUACCAGGUCCAUCACACUGCUCCCUGUUAAGACAUUUUUUUCUAGUGCUCAAUCAAAUUUGACUCCCUUGUAACAUAAGACCACUAGAUCUAGCCCAGAGACAUACCCCGUCCCCUCUUCUGUGCAACAGCCUUCAAGUAUUUGAAGAGUAGUGUCCUAUCCCACCCCUGCCUUUAGUCUUCUCUUUUCCAGGCCAAAUACAUCCAGUUCCUUCAACACUUCCUCCAGAGGGCUUGUUUUCCAGACUUCUGACCAUGGGUAUUGUCCCCCUCCAAAUCUGACUAGUAAUGUAUGUUGCCCAGAAUGGGACACAAGACUCCAGGUGAGGUGUGAGGUCUGUGGCAUAAAGUGGAACUACUCUUCCUCACGACCUGGUAAUUCAGCCUGAAAUUGUAGCUGCACCACACUUGGUUCUGACAGGCUGUAAUCUCAAGAUCCUUUGUAACACUGAAUGGAGACCAAAUGAUGGUAGUAGGAGCAUCUGUCGUUAGGCACCGGUGUUAUGUGCCUCUUUGUUUGUCCAGCCCUGCAUCUCUUAUGAUCUGUAAGAAGGGUUGGGGGGACCCUGAGGGGAAGGUGGCUCUUGCUGCCCUAGGAGGGAGAGCACUGUCCACAGGGACAUAAGGAUGGUUGCCUGCUGUGGUGUGUCUCUGUUCCCAGGUGAGCCACCCCUCUCUGGGAGCCUUUUGGACAGAGGAUGCAAAAUCACAGGGCUAGUAAACUCUCUGGGGCUCUUCCUGCUUGCCUGUAGAAAACAUGUAGGAAGCCAUGUGAUCAGACCAGCCUGUCAUGCGUGGCGGGGGCUGCUUCGUUAAUUAUUCACAAGCUGAUAAAACUAGUUCUCUUGCCAUCUUUUAAGAUGUGCUUGGUUGCAGUUAGACAUAAAACUGGUGCAGGGCAUGGGGGUAAAGGUGCGGUAAAUGGUGUGUGAUGUAGUAUAGUCACCCAGUGGAAGCUGGGCCUUGACCAUACAGAAGACUCCAGCCAAAGGCCUCUGAUGAUCUGCUCCAGAUCUCCUGUCCUGAGUUGGGUGGGCUCCUAAAUGAAGUAUUCUGCUUCUGAAUGGUUAUAUGACAUCUGUUUUGCAUAACUAUGUGAAACUCUUCAGAAAGGCUACUGAGUGAACCUGCUGUUCUUCAAACCACUUCACAUAUCCAAAUUGUGUAAUAGAACACAAUUUACCUGCCCCAUGUUAUUGGUGGUAAUAGGUAGCAAUAGCUUCAGUUUGGAGAAAUAGUUUAUACCAAAUUCUAGGGCAGCUGCUGCAAAGCCCCUCCCUUAAAGAGGGAGGAGUUACUAAGAUCUGUGUGCCACUUGCACAAUAUUACUGAGAGACAUUAGAACAGACUCUCUCUGCUCAAAUUGCAUACUACUGGUCCUACAUGGGCAAGGGGUGAGAUACCUUUUUGGCCUUUGAUCCUUCUAAGGUUUUUCUAUUUUUCAGGGUUACCUUGAGCUGCUGCAGGAAGACAGGGAAGCCACAAGGAUAAAUGAUUUUGCCUGUUUCUGUUGCAUACAUAGGAGAAAUGCCCACAUGUAGGCUGUUGCUUUCAGGUAGUGGUUCUGGAGGCCUGUGACUUGGAGAGAUUUAUACACUAACAAGUCACUGGUUAGGGUAGCCUUUACCUGUCAGCCUUUAAAACUCAAAUGUGAAAGCACUGAGAGUUUAUAAUAUAACAGCAUCACAGAAUUAGAAGAUCAGCAACAGAGCACCAAUUUUUAAAAAAGGUUACAGGGAGGAAGAAUCCAAGAAGUUACAGCGCUGGCAGCCAAGAGCUAGAAAAAUAUGGUUACAGUAAAAUGGACCAAAGAACAAGCCUUGCCAAGGAAGAACUGGCAUAACAGGCGUGUCACUCUUACAGAAUUCGUUGAAGGUGCCAAUAGUCCAGGGAGCAAGGAGAUGCUCGUAGCCUAAGUCUUUUGUGAAAGGCUCGUAAGGAAAUUUAGUAGCUGUAGACUAAGACGGGUUGGGGAGAUCCUCUCAGAGCUCUUCCCCGUCUUCCUGAGCAGUGGAUCAUUUGCCACCAUCUGCAGGUGGGGCUGCUUCACUGCUUACCCCCUUUAGGAGUCGCAUUGACUGGCAAAGAGUGCUAGGAAGCAUUACUCACAGCAAGCUUAGCUUCCACCUAGUACUCAUUAGAAAGAGAAGCUGAAGGAAUGGUGAAAUAUUUGUGAGGAAUUUUAAUUGGGGCUUCCUCUAGAAAACUUCAUCCAGAGGAAUGCUUUAGCCAAGAUCAACAAAUCAGCAGCUUGAGACUGUUUAGAAUAACCUAGAAGCUCCCAUUACUAUGAAACUGUAAUUAAUAAUUAGUCAGACAUACAUUUCAAAAUCCCACCCACCUUCAUUUUAGUCGCUUGACUACUUUGCUUCAGUAUUUGAACAAUGCCAUUAGAGGUGUCCCAGAAGAAUGAGCUUAUGGAAUUUACAGCUAUGAGUACAACGCGCAACAGGGAAAUAAAAUUCUUAUAAAUUACCAGGCUAAUAAACCAAAAUCUAUCCAUAUAUUAAGUCAAUGCAGUGACAGAUGCAGGGGUAUGCCUCAGGGUCACAAUCACAAACAAGAGGCUAUUUACAUGAUGUGGUGGACAGAAGCUUCCGUCAGACCCCAAACGUGUUCUCGCCACUGUAGGCUACAUACAAGAAGCCAUCCUCAUCCUUCUCCUUUUCGUACAGCUGCCCCAUAGUCAGGCUGGAAGAAGCAAGACAAGCCAGCCGUGAGAAAGCGGCCGAGGAACUGAGCAACACAACUGCAGUGCCCCACCCCAAGAUGCUGGCUCGCUGCUGAAGAAUCUUGAGAACAAACCAAGUGCUGGGUUUCCAGUCAAAUCUCUGCUGUUACACACAUGCAUGUUACCAAGGUUAAUGCUUUCAUCAAGAUGUCUUGAAUUUUGAGCAAGUCAUGAAUAA